AUGUCUAGUGAAUCGGGCCAGCCUGAAGCUGGCCCCUCACAGACUAGCCAAGACGAGCGAAGACAGGAGAAAGAUCGGGCUGGGGUCCCGGGAGGGGUGAUCCGAAGGACCAUUGUCCAAAGGCCCAGGUCCUGGAUCCAAAAUGUUCUUGAGCAAGUAAUUGACACACCUCGAAAGUGGGUCAACCUCUCCAAUGUGGUACCUGUCGUUGUGCUGGCCGUCCAAAGGUACCUGCUAGAGGAUGAGCCACGCGCCCUGGUGUCAAAACGUCCCCUUUAUUGCUAUGAUGUGACGAUUUCAGACGGGGUGUACCAAGAGAAGUGCUACCUGGCCCCCAGCCUGAAUUUUCUCGUCUACAAAAAUAUUCUUAAAGUUGGGAAAAAAGUGAGAAUUUCCAGAGUCUCGUGUCUUUACAAUGAGAAAAGGAUAGGUCAAGCGAUCCUAUGCAUAGAUAGGGUCCACUGUGGGGAAAUUUCGGACGCGGUCUCUUUAGAAAUUCCCUUCAGAAAUCGCGCUCAGGAGCAGAAACCUGAGAGACCUUUAAUGGGCGGGAAGAGUCACUAUCUGGCUUUGUGGAAUAACGAAGAUCCAUAUGGUGAUAUCUGGUUAACCAACAAACAAGCUGUGGAAUACAAUUUAAGCUCUACCAAGAUAAUUUCUCUUUCUCACCUUGAAAUGACCUGGUCUAAUAGAAAGAAUUUUCCUGCAUUGCUUGUAAGAAUCUUGUAUAAAUCGAAACUUCGAUACUACGGGAAACCUGAUAAAAAGAUAGCUGAGCCAUACCAGACCUUUUUGGAAGUUGCUGACAAUUCAGGCAUGGUUUCAGUGGUUAUGUGGAAUGCUCUGUGUCCUGAGUGGUAUAAAUGUUUGCAGGUUGGUUUCGUUCUUCUGCUUCAACAGUACAACGUUAAAAAGAGUUAUCCAUCCAGGACGCAGCCUCUCCCUGUGGAUCCACAGAUGAAACUAAUUUCUACAAUGGAAAUCUGCCUGAACCGUCAAGAUCCUCCAACUAAUAUAAGUAUUAUUCCAGAAAAGCAGGUGAAACCAGAAUGGAGAUUGCCAAAAUUAAGUAACCGAUUUGUCACAAGAUCAGAACUGGAUGACUUGCCAGAAAAUCAUCUCUGUGAUGUUAUUGGGAUUUUAGUUUUUGUAGGAAGAGUCCAACGGUUAAAAAAGAAAGAAAAUCGUGAUGAUUUUUGGACAUAUCGUUGGGUCCACAUUGCUGAUGGGACUUCAGAACAACCAUUUAUUGUGGAAUUGUUUUCUACGUCUCAGCCAGAAAUCUUUGAAAAUAUUUACCCAAUGACAUAUUUCAUGUGUACACAGUUGAAAGUUGUGAGAAGUAAUGAUCAAGUACCUAAACUGCUUUAUCUCACUACUACAGAUGAGAGUCGAAUAUUUAUUAUUGGUCCCAGAGGCCAACCAUAUACCUAUGAUACCAAGGUAAAAAACUUUAUUCAAUGGAUCAAAACAAAGCCGGAUCAUGGGGAAAUGAAGAAUACUGUUUUUGGUGGAUAUUACCCCUAUCCACCAGUGCCAGAGACAUUUUCGAAGUAUAGUAGUUCUGUUAAAGUUGAGUCGCUCUUGACAACUAUAAGUGAAGUGAGGAAGGAGAUUGAAGACUUGCAGUAUAGGGAACAAAAGCGCGUUGCAGUUCAGGGGAUAAUUACUGUUAUAAAGUAUAUCCCCCAUAGUGAUGCAACUGAAAGUGCUUCAACAUCAGAAACACUUCAGAAUGCUAUUCUACCCUCAACAUCCCAAGCAGCAAAAGGAGCAAGUCAACAUCAGGAAAGAGAAGGUAAACGGCAUCACAAUGACAUUGAACCUGCAGGUUCUCAGUGUUCUCACACUGAAUCUACAAAUUUGAGUCCUAGCAAGAAGAAGAGAAUUCUGCAAGGCCCAAAUGAUAAACCAACUGCUGUUCCUCAGCCAGAAACUUCUUCACAAGCAAAAGGAAAUAAACAAGGCACUGUUUCACGUAAAGAAAACAUAAGCACUCAUCCGGUACAUAAAAUCAGAAAACCUUUAAGUAACAAGUGGGAGAGUCAGCUCUGGAGAGAAAAAAGGUUUAGCUUAAUAGAUCACCUCCAUUAUAGCCAUGUUUAUCCUGAAAGUAUUCCACGGAGAUUUAUUUUAGAACACAAUAAGUUUCUAACUCAGCAGUAUAAUUCUCAGUCUUCAAAAUAUGUACCACCAGAAGCAGGGUCUCCCAAACUUGAGGAUUUUAAAAGCGCCUGCAGCCUUGGACAUUUUGAAGUAACCAUACUAGGUCUGAACCAUGAGAUAGCAAUCGAUGCUGCAUUCCUGCCCAUGUAUUGUCCUGAAGAUGUCCAAACAUCACAAAUAGACACAUUAUUAACCUGCAUGAAUUACAGCUGUGUGUUUCCACCAGAAAAAACUGACAAUGACAGAGCACUUGUAGGUGAUAUUAUGAAAGCAGUAUCUAAAUUGAAUAGAGAACAUGUCAUCGGUAUCUUGGAUAUCUGUAAUUUGGGUGACAAUAAAAUAGAAGUCUGUUUGCAGAAAAUUUAUACUCCAAAGAAUAUCUGUUAA